GAUCUUGUAAGGUGCAUUGCGCAUGACAUGAUGCAGGUUUCACCACGGCCUAGGAGAGAGUUCAUCCGCAGUGUUGCUGAGGCCGUGGUAAAGCGUUUUCCUGCUUGCCUUCAGGACCGCACAGUCAGUGGCAAGGUGUUUGGUCGAGGAUAUGAUUCCGUGUUCCAGCAACUUGAGAACAGAGUAGAGAAUUUGGGCCGUGUCAAACAGCAGGGAUUGCCAUCAUGCGUGAAGACCAAGAAAUGCUCAUAUGGCUGUGCCAAUUGGCAGCCAGUGUGCUUGCAACCAGUCGAAACCGUAGCUGAAAAAAUCCAGUUUCUUAAAGGGGAGGCCCAGAAGACACUGCGAGACAUAGAUGUACCCUUGGCACAGACCUGUAUGGAUGCAACCUACAGUGAACAACGAAGGUUCAUAAAUUCUGAUGCACCAGUCCAUAGCACGGCAAAAGUCAGAGAGGAGUGGCCAUUGCUCUUCCACAAGUCCUUUUUUUACAAGCAUGCCUGUCAGCUCCUUGGCAAAAAUAUGAGGGGUAUAUUUGAGGAGAACCUGUCUGGCGUUGCACCUUUGUUCAUAAAACACUUGGACACUUUAACUGCACCAAGGAAAGAACUUGUGCAGUGGAUGGUUAAGGUGGAACUUCAGCAGAGGAAAGGAAACCAGCAUGCAAAAGAAGAAGCCACCAUUCCACUAUUGGCAGCCUACUUCAAGGAUGAUCCAGAAGAUCUGUUUCGUAUUCUUGAAGUAAGCAAUGCUUGUUUUGUGUAA